AUUGGCCUCUCAUUUGCUUGGUUCAACACACGAUGAGGAUGUGGACUCAACUGAUGGUCUGAGGAGGAGGAGAAGCAGGAACCAGGCAUGCCACCUAGUCCAUAUGUAUGGCAGAAACAGUUGCCAGUGGCCAUGCAUCAAGUCGAUAGAGUCGUAUUCUCGGUUCCUGGUACAGUCGAAUUAACAACGGAUCUAGAUAAGGAGGAUAUGUGUACUGUUAAAAACAUGCCCAGUCUAUCGCCUCUCUUCAGGGGGUUCAACUUCAAGAGUGCAUUUUCGGUCCUAUUCCCCUGUGCUAAGAUCUAUGCUGUUGCGGAUAACCUAGCAGCAGCCAUGGGGGUAGCCUGCAUGCCAUCCUGUAGGAACCUUAGUGCAGGGCUAGUAGUGGUACUUGGUACAGCUCCGGCUGCUGCUACCUUCUAUCGUCCCCCAUCCCAUGGUGUACAUCAUAGGCAUGCCCUGAGUGCCAAGACUAUCGAGUUGGCCAUGUGGCAGAGUUGGAUAUGGUUUACUAAAAUGCCCCUCAAUGAUCCAUAUGGAUACUGUGGUGGGUUGAAAGUAAGUGAGGAUGGUAAAAUUAUCCAACUCAAAGAUCAGAACCAAUGCAAGAUACCCCAUCAUCAGGCUAGGAUACGUUUCGCAUUGGAUAUGCUCACAUGGAAGAGGCUGAGAGGGAAGCACCCUGAUCUACCCAAGGAGAUGCAGGGUAAUCUAUCAGAGGCAGAAGCUACUAAGGUGUGGUGUAGCAGAGUCCAGAGCAUGGUUAAUGUGAUGGCACAGAGGUUUCAUGGUGUCUAUGGUCCACCUGAUACAGUGGUCCUAUUAGGAGGGAAUGCAUUACGAUGCCGAGGACAAGUCACUAAGGCUGAGUACUUCGACCCUGACUGUUCCAGGUCUAUACCAGUUAAGGUACCCGUAAUGAUACCAGAAUCGGACAGUGAACAGCAACUCCUUCACAUGUCUGGCUUGGCACAAGCCUCGGCCUAUCGGAUUCAACAGGUACAUGCCCCUGGACCCGACCCAUUGGCCAGAGGAUGGACUAGGGGAGGGGAGAUAUACCUCUGGCAGAGGCGACCCGAAAUACUAUGAGUAUAACGACAAGAAUCCACGAUUGUCGGCUUGAGUAGUGUAUCAUCAUAACCCUUUACUACUACUAGUACUACUACUACCAUAACUCUAUCAUCAUCAUCAUAAGCUGUACUCUUCCACUGCCCUCUAACGACGAGGCUCUAUUGGUAUAACAAAGACGGGUUAAAGCCCUCAUACAUUUAUGCUUGUCUAUGCUUCGUUAUCGCGUAUUGCUCCUUUUUCAUUAGUGCUCGUUGUAGU